AUGGCGGCCUUUCCCAAAUCGGUGUUGCUCGGGCUUCGAGACGCAGCAGUGCACGGCUGCCCCACGGGACCGGGUGCCUGGGCCAGUAGCAAGCUGGGCGGUGUCCCGGACGCCCUGCCCGCUGUAGCACCUCCGAGGCCGGUGUGCGGACGUUGCGGACAGCUGCUCGCGCUGGCAGUGCAAGUGUAUUGCCCGCUAGAAGGUUCCCCGUUUCAUCGGCUGCUUCAUGUGUUCGCCUGCCCCCGCCCCAAUUGCGACAGCGGAGGCAGGUAGGUCUGGAAGGUGUUCCGUUCCCAGUGCCUGCAGAUACGAGAGAAAGAGCCACAGGAUGUUCAGAAACAGGAAAAUAGUCUUGUAACUGAGAACUGGUGUGAAGGUGCAGAUGACUGGGGAAGUGACAGUGAGGAAGUGCCUCCACCGCAGAUUACUUUGGAUUUUGGAAAUGAUUCUAACAGUGCCAACUACAGAGACUGUUCAGUCCAGUUCCAAGACCUCAGCCUGCAGGAUGCUUUCCUGGGUGCUGCUCAUGCUGCAUCUCCUGGGGAAGAUACACCCUUGCCUAUGGUGCCACAGUUCCUGCCAUACUACAUUUCCGUCAUGGAUGAGGAUGAUUAUGGGGACUUUGUCAGUCUAGAUCAUGCCAACAGCCUUCUGAGGGAAUAUCAACAGAGAGAAGGAGUUGAAAUGGAGCAGUUACUUUCCCAAAGUGAUGGUGAUGAAAAGUAUGAGAAGACCACAAUUAAAAGUGGAGACAAGAUGUUUUACAAAUUCAUGAAGAGAAUUGCAGUUUGUCAGGAACAGAUUUUGAGGUAUUCCUGGAAUGGAGAGCCACUCUUUUUGUCCUGCCCUACACCAGAAGUCAUUGAGAUCCCAGCCUGUAGUCACUGUGGAGGCCAACGGAUAUUUGAGUUUCAACUUAUGCCAGCGCUGAUCAGCAUGCUGAGAAGUGCUAAUUUAGAUCUUUCUGUGGAAUUUGGAACAGUUCUAAUUUAUACAUGUGAGAAAAGUUGCUGGCCUCAAAAUCAUCAGACUCCCAUGGAAGAAUUUUGUAUUACACAAGAAGACCCUGAUGAAUUAUUAUUUAAGUAG